CGCUACCCUACGUAUAACGUCAUUGGUAGGAAGCAGCUGGAAAUACCACAGAAGCACUCCUGCUUGGUUGUGUAGCUUGAAAGCAAAGACUAGGAGAAAGAUUGACCAUUUUUUUGUAGAACGUUAUAUGUUAUUGCAGAGGUGUCUAUUAUUUAAACUCCACACCGAAGGAAUAUUUUUUCCUCCCACAGAACUGAGGACCAAACCUUGCCCUGUGUCAUAACGUUACUUGCGUCUGCCUGCAGCCUCAUCUGGUGGUAUUCUGAAUGCUUAUUUCUCACGACACAUAUUUUCGUGCAGAACUGCUAACUCUCUUGGUGCAUGAUAGUUGUUUGGCAUGUUAAAGUGGUCAUUAUAAAGCUAGCGGUUACUUAACUGCUGUUGAUAUCGUGUACCCUCGUUGUCUAGAUAGCUACGCUAGUCUAGUUAGCUGGCUAGUGUCUGAGGUGACGAUACCUAAUAGCAGCAACUACUCCAGUCUGGAGAUGAUUUUCUUAUAUUUUUUUUUCUAGCAUUACAUCCUACUUUUGUAAAUUAUCAGACGUGUUAUUUGCUCCUGACACAUCUGAAAUAAACGGAACGAGGUUGGCCACCUUCUACAAUAGAUCGAGUAGGUGAAAUGACAUCUUGUCAGCUAGCCACUAUUAGCCACGUCGCUUGUGCGGUUACUGUGAGAUAGCUAGCUAGCUUUCUUCCUACCGUUAAUGACCGUCACGUCGAUAGAAUUGAUUCUUACACAUAACAAUAUGAUCUUUGAACGACCUGGGCUUCUCACUGUUCGUCUAUCAGUGGGAGUGUUUCCUGGAUAGUCAAAGAGGAUGGGCUCAUUGUCAGAAGAAGAAAAAAAGCCUCAUGACUUUACAUCAAUUGAUAUUAACCCAUAUCGAUGACCAUCCUACACGACAAGCAACACAUCGUGGAAGAAGGGGACCACGGUUCGAGUGGAAGUGACAUUCGAAAACAGAGUUGCCCGUAAUCGCAAAGGUUCCUGACCUAUUCACCUGUGCAAUUUGAAAAUGGCAGAGAGUGGCGUUAGACUGCUGUCCAGACCUGGGGAUGGUGUAGCCCCUGGAUACUUAUCUGGUCCCUCGCCACCUAACUCAACUGUGUCCUCGAGCCCCACUCCUCAGUCCAACCGAGGAUGUGAAAAUGGUGACCUGAUGGACACCUUUGGGAUAUUCCUCCAAGGUCUUUUAGCGGUUGUGGCAUUCAGCACUUUGAUGUUGAAACGGUUCAGGGAGCCCAAGCAUGAGCGAAGGCCCUGGAAAAUCUGGUUCUUGGACACGUCCAAACAGGCCAUUGGGAUGCUGUUCAUCCAUUUUGCCAACGUCUACUUAUCUGACCUUACUGAGGAGGACCCAUGUUCUCUAUACCUCAUCAACUUCCUGUUGGACGCCUCCCUGGGCAUGCUGUUCAUCUACGCAGGUGUGCGAGCAGUCAGCGCCAUUGUGGAGUGGCGGCAGUGGGACCGCUUGCGCUUCGGAGAAUAUGGUGAGCCAAUCCAAUGCAGUGCCUGGGCAGGUCAGUGUGCCCUGUACAUCCUCAUCAUGAUGUUUGAGAAGGUCCUCAUCAUGCUGGUACUGCUCAUGCCUCAGUGGAAGAAGCUAGCUCCCCUGAAUCCUAUAACCAAUCCUGAGUUGGAGUUGGCCAUCGUUAUGCUCAUCGUCCCGUUCUUCAUCAAUGCCCUGAUGUUCUGGGUGGUGGAUAACUUCCUGAUGAAGAAAGGCCGGACAAAAGCCAAGCUGGAGGAGAGGGAAGGAGGAGACGAGUCACGCGGCAGCACCAAGGUGCGCUACAGACGGGCCCUCUCCCACGACGACUCUGAGUCAGAGAUCCUGUUUUCAGCUGACGAUGAGAUGGAUGACUCGGACGGAGAUGAUGAUGUGAGACGCCUCACUGGCCACAAGACGGUGAAGAAAAAGAAACAUCGCAUGGGCAUCCCGGUCUGACCUCAGGCAGCGGCCCAGUCUAACGUGGUCUGAUCCAGCCUUUCAUGCCGGCGAACCUGUCCAUACCUCACACAGCCGUCUCAUCAGUCUCGCAGUCUCUUUGAAAAGAAAGCCUAGCAACAGCUCUACGCUUUGCUGAACUGGGUGUCACGGUUAAGAGCACAAAACCACAGGUCUUUCCCUAGGCUGCUUAAGGAUUGCCUUUUUUGCUUCAUGACUUCUCCACAGAACCAGCAUUGAAAGCCAGAGUUGAUCAGAGGUCAAUGGGAGAUACACCAGAUCUAUCCACGAUCAAACAGACUUUUUUUCCCUCCCCCAUAGGCACUGUCCUGUGCUUUAUUCCAGGACCCUUUGAGAUGCGAUGUGCUGCUGUGUUUAGCACCCAGUCAGCUUCUGAUCUAUGCCUGAUCUCUGGUGCGUCUUCUCAAAUCCCCAUCACUGCUUCUCUGCUGUGCUCAGCAUAUCUAUCCAGCACACCAACUUUAAUAUGUUAUGACAUCGCCUGGCUGAGGCAGAAGCUUAUUGGUAUAUAAGUGAGAGAGAUCACCUGUGUUUCCAGCCUUCAAACAAACUGUUACUUAGUGGGGCUUGACACUGUAUCUGCCCAGUAUUCUCAAAAAAGAUAUUUAUGCAUUUACCCGUACAGUGAUUGUAUUGGUUGCUCAGUUUAGAGGCCCUCUAUAAGUGUUUCUAAAUAUGUGUCCUCUGUAACCCCUUUUCUAGACUGCAGUGGCCUUGAGUCACCUCUUGAGGGCAGCUGUUUUCAGUUGUCAGGUCAUUGGUCGGGGCGGGGGUGUUACUCUGGAAAUCAGAUGUGUCUAACAAGGUCAUGGAUUUUAAACGGAUUUUAAGGUAAUUGACUAACUGUCCUAAGCUGAGAGUAAUAUCGUUAGUUAUGCUUAUCUCCUCUUGAAGCAAAGCAGGACUGCGCGAGUAGUAAGAGUAGUAGGGCUUGCGUAAGGAAAUGGUGUUCUUGGAGGGAUAAACUUGCCUUUUUUGGAUUAUGUGUGCUGUGGGGUGGGGCCUCUUUCCAUUUCUGUGUCUUGUACUGCAUCUACCUCCCCAUGUGUCAUUGU